AUGUUUGCUCCAAGAGUACUUGGCCGUCAGGCUAUGCGCAUGCCUAGGUGGAAUCAGGUGCGCUCUGUAUCUACAUUGGAAGGAAGUCCUCACAUUUUUGUGUUCCCCAGUGAUGGACCAGACGACUCCCAUAUCCUCUCACUUCUACCAUCCGAACCUGUCAAUUCAGAUCUUGCCAUUGGAGUAACUUCCAAACUGCCACCAACCACAGAUUCGGUCAGAGAGAACCCCAAGUUCCUCACCAUCCUUCAAGAAGUCUUUUCGAAGCACGCGCACGAGGACCCCGAUGCACAAUCUCAGGCACAGGUCAUGGUAUCAACUUCUGGGGCGAACUUAAACUCUGGGGGUGUGUUGUUAACUGGCCAGCGUGCGAGAAGACGACGCGCCGAGGUAGGCGACUCAUCCGGCGGUGCCAGUGGCCAGGGUGGUGCGGGAUCUGCUGGUCGCGGUGGCUGGAUUCAUGUUUCGGACAACAGGCGGCCACCUGAUUAUGGAAGGAUUGCUUGGCCAGAGGACAUUUUUGGAAGUCUUGAAGUGGAUGGCCAGGGUAAUUUCGUUGGUGGGGAUGGGAACUAUCAGUCCAGUGGUACUUACAGACUCGUGACUCGGGAGGGAAUUUUGGGCCUGAGUCCCUUCCUCAGAGAAAAGCUUGUGCAAAGGCUGCGAGAGCUCGGGAAACAGUAG